CUAAAACCAACAAUCACAUCAAUCUCAACUUUUAGUUGAGAUUGUAUAAUGCAUAAUUUUUUGUGAUUGUUGGUGGGACCUACCUAAAACAAUGCAUGUUUUACACUUUGACACUUCCAAAAAUUGUAUUGUGCACAAUAUAUGUAUUCAACAAACACAACUCUAACAAUCACAACUUCCAAACGACUCGUUAAUUUGAUUUUGUACGACCGUUGAUUUGGUUUUAUGGAGUUAAGAUGUGAGAAUUGUGUUUUCAGUAGUAAAUUAGUUUGAAAAAUAGAAAAAUAAGUCGCUUAUCAAGAAUGAAAUAUAAUAAAAAGGAAACACCUCAUAAAGUAUGGUUGCUGGAGAUGUGGAACCAGUUGGAGUUUGACUCGCGGUUUCAUAUGAAGGCUCGCGUGGGAGACACCGCAAAACCUUAUGCUCUCAUUGUUGAUCGGUUGUCAAAGUUCACAACUCAAGAUCACAGUCCAAUUGUCCUGGUGGUCGUGAUCUUGUCCAUUUUGGAUGGGAAUUCUCCUCCUCCCUUCUUCUACACUUGACACCAUAUUUCUCCCUCAAUCGAGUAAAAUCCGAGCACCUUAUCUUGAACAAUAUCAAAUACGAAAGAAAACUAACUAAUUGAUGCUAGAACACAAGGUCUAGUUCUCACUCACGCACACAUCCUCUUACCAAAAAUAAGUAAUUUAUGGAUAUUAUCGGGGGGUUCUCGUGGAUUCAGUACUAUAGUUCAUUUUUCACUACAUAAGGAUCAAAGAUCAAAUAAACAUGAAAAUGACUAGAUUAGAAAGAUAGAUAACAUUUAUUUUAGGUGUUAUCAAUUCAACCGUCAUGAAUGCAAAAGUGUUCCAGAACUUAUUGAGCAGUCAACCACAUUAUGUCACCUUCGAUUGACUGAUUUACCCACAUACUUGAUAGAAACCUAUUUCUAUAGGGUUCUAUCGAUAGGAUUGAGAAUUUGGGAAUUGAUGGAGAUUUAGGGAUUUAGAAGAGAAUUUGGGGAUCAGGAAUAGAAUUGGGGAAGAACAAGAACAGAAUGGUCGGCGGCCAGAAUAGGUUGAGAAGAGAGUUUGAGAGGAUUAGGAGAGAUUAGGGUUGAGAGUGAUACUUUGAUAAUUCUUUCUUGAUUGCCCCUGAAUAAAACGCAGAGUACAUAUUUAUAACGAAAGACUGGAAAAACCUAAUAGACUAUCCUAUUAUGACUCAAAUACUACUAACCAUAUAUACUAAUAUCCUAAUUAUAGUAAUUAUUAAUAAACCCGGAAAUUGGGUUUCUAUCAAUACUCCACAUUAACAUGCAGUUUUCCGCAUAGAUUUUGUGCUACUCUUUUAAACCUUUUUAUUCCACACAACAUUUACUAUGAAUGUGUCAUUACCGCAUACAACACGUAAUUUUUGCUCCCAAAUCCUGAAAUGGAAACCCAUGUGCAGUUUUCCAUUCAUUCUAUUUCAUUCAUCACUCCAUAUGGUUAAAAUCCUAACCAGUCUUUUUGGUGCCCGACUAUAACCAGAGUCCCAAUAAAUUAAACGAAAUAAAUAUCCAUUUUACAUGCACAAAUUUUAAACCAACCACUAAUAAAUACACAGAUCUUCUAAACGAUAUUUUAUGUUACACACUCUAAUUUUAGCUUUUACUUGUGUGAUUUAAUUAGAGGAGAAGUUAGUAAGUCCUUUAUAUUUUAAACCUCAUCUCUCAGCAGUAUUUUUGUUGGUUGGUUUCCCUGAUAGGAGUGUGAGAGAGUAGAAAUGAAGUCAUUAUAUAAGA